UAAAAACGUCAAAUUGAGAGAAGAGAGGGGCAAUUAGGAAGCAAAAAUUUAUGAAAGUAAAACAAAGUAAUAGUAAUGGUGCAUGGUCGUGUCUUGUCUGGCAAAAGCUCCGCCCUGAAUUUUGUUUCUGCCUCAAAAAAAAAUUUCUCCUUUUUUAACUUCUUAUAUUUUGUUGAGAUGGCAUAUCCUCUAAAUUAAAAAGAUUCUUGUGGCGGAUUCCCCUACCACUCUUAUUUUGGCUUCUUCUCCAACUGUUGCCUAUUUUUACCCCCUUUACUUUAUUCUGGAAAUUUUUCUUCUUCAUAGGCUAAGCUGGAUGACAGUGGAAAAAUAUUUAAUUAUUUUGGGUUAAAGUUUGGUUUUUUUAAGGACAAACUUGGGUGUUGAAAGCUGGAGUUUUGGUGAUUGAAGGCGAUUGGGCCGCUAUCAAAUCGGGCCAGUUACCCUCUCGUGUCAUCUCUCAGUAUGAACAACCAAUACAGUGAAGAUAAAGAUGAAGCAACUGUCAUGGGGUUUGAAGUGCCAAGAUCACCAGAUUCAAGUUAUAAUAAUGUAUACCCUGGGAACGAAGAUGAAGCACGUGACCCACCAGUUGUCCCUCCUCACCUGCAUCGUACCUUGCUUAGGUACCCUGCUAGCAUGAACACAUCCGGGAAUCUUCCCUUGCCUGAAAACGUGAUUCUAAAUCAUCUUUACAUUGAAAACCGAGAACCACCAAGAUCUGUGGUGGCACUUGGGUUCACUCAACGCUUUCGUGCAAAAUAUGUUACUGUUGUGCUAUACAAACCAGUUCCAAGAAGGGGAAGUAGCAAUACUUAAUGCGUGAAUCAAGAGUAGACCUUCAUUGGGUUGGUUGGUUUGCCUUUGUGAUGCAAUUAGUUGCAAUAGAUUCGAAUACAGAAAUAGCAGAAAGAAGUAUUUAUUGGUUUCGCAGCAGUUGAUGGCUUGGAGGUUUUCCAUUGAACCUUAGGUCAACACUUAUCGAUUACAUUUAGAGUUGUUCUAUAUAUAUAUAUAUAAAGCUCUCUUUAUUCUUUUAGACUGGUAUGUGUGGUGUUGUGCUGCCUAAGUAAGGUACUAAACUUAAAGCUCUUGUAUUUGUGGGGCAUUUAAUCAAAGGAUUCAUUCAUUUUGAUGGGCAUGCCUGCCAUAGUUGUCGAAUUCACCAAUUUAAAUGUACUGAGACCGGAUCUUAUGGAGGUUGAAUAAAAUAAAAAAAAAGUAAAAUACUUAAUGA